CGGUUUUGCUUUUCCAGCCUCUGCGCCACAGCCCGGGCUAGUGAAGAUCUCCGACCCCAGACCAAGAUGACGAGCUGCGGCCUCCUGAACAGUUCCAACAAGCCGGUGCCCCUUCGCAGCGGCUCGGUGACGGUGCUGAUCCGAGGCUUCGUGGCGGAUGUCAGCUGCGAACUGCUCUACAGGAAUGAGGAGCCGGGGCCCGUGGAGGCCGUGUUCGUGUUCCCCGUGGACGCCGAGGCGGCCGUCUACGCCUUCCAGGCCCGCCUGGGGGGCGCCUGCAUCGAGGCCCAGCUCCGCGAGAAGAAAAAGGCACAAGAGCUGUACGGGGACGCGCUGGCCGGGGGGCAGAGCUCGUUCUUGCUGCAGCAGGAGGGGACUGGGGGCGACGUUUUCAGCUGCUCCCUGGGUAACCUGCCUCCCGGGGAGGAGGCGGCGCUGACCCUGCGCUACGUCUGCGAGCUGCCGCUGGAGCCCGAUGGAGCCGCCCGCUACAUGCUGCCAGCUGUGCUGCGCCCCCGCUACACGCCCCAUGGUGAGACCCACAGAUACCCCUGCCACGUUAGCCUGCCUGGGUGGGACGGGGAGGACGUCACCCAGGGGGUCCCACGAGUCCCCCAGGGGGAGCUGCCCUACACCCUGAGCCUGAGCGUCACGCUGCAGUCACCCCAUGGCCUCGACCGCGUACUCUCCAACUGCUCCCUCACCCCCCUGAGCUACACGGCUGGGAACCGGACCACCGCCCAGGUGUCUCUGGCUGAGGCCCCCCCGUGGGACCGAGACGUGGAGCUGCUGGUGUAUUACGCGGAGCCGCACAAACCUAGCGCGGUGCUGGAGGUCGGGUUGCCCGGAGCAGAGCCAGGCUCCCUGAUGAGCGACCCGGCCGUGAUGGUGACCCUGCUACCCAGCCUGCCCGAGGCUGUACCAGGCCAGAGCUCGGCUGGGGAGUUCAUCUUCCUGCUGGACCGCUCCGGCAGCAUGGAGUGCCCCAUGGAUGGCCGAGACCGCUCCCCCCAGCGCAUCGACAGCGCCAAGGAGACCCUGGUCCUGCUGUUGAAGAGUUUGCCCCUGGGCUGUUAUUUCAACAUCUACGGCUUUGGGUCUCGGUUCGAGUCCUUCUACCCGCAGAGUGUGGGAUACACCCAACAGACCAUGGCCGAGUCCCUGCAGCGCGUCCAGCAGCUCCAGGCUGACCUGGGGGGCACCGAGAUCUUGGCGCCGCUACGAGCCAUUUACAGGAGCCCCUGCCGGGACGGGCACCCACGCCAGCUGUUCGUGUUCACGGACGGGGAGGUGGGGAACACCCAGGAUGUCAUAGCUGAGGUGCAGCGUCACCGGGGGGCCCACAGGUAA